AGCACUUCUCAACAAUCGAAGUUCGGGCACCACCACUGUGUGAAACGGGACGAGGUGAGCGGAUCGGCCCGUUGGGUAACCAAAGUUGGAGCUGGCCCAAACAAAACAUCACAGGGGUUCCGCGUACGCCCUUCUCUUGACAGUUGACAACUCAUUGUACCCAUGACAUCGGCUACAGUGUGUUAUUCUCAGCGCCCUUAAACCCUUCGGUGCCUCACUCAUCCGUAUUCGGCUCAGAACUUCUCAAUCAUGCGCGUCUUGUCAUCUGUCAAUAUGGCAGCACCGAGUGCUCAACAGGCCGCAGGCCAAGACGGCGCCAACACAAACACAACGGUCGCUUUUCUCGGCCCUGUCAACUCUUAUUCUCACCAGGCCACUAAAACCGCCUUCCCCGAGGCAAAAUGGCACCUCGAGCCGACGACCACCAUCAAAGAAAUCUUUGACCUUGUCCAAUCCCGCCACGCGCCCUACGGCGUCGUGCCCUUCGAGAACUCCACCCACGGCACCGUCACCUUCACCCUCGACAACCUGGCCGACCGCGCCGGCGAGUACGCCGACCUGUCCGUGUGCGACGAGGUCUACCUCGACGUCCACCAUUUCCUGCUCGGCCGCCUGCCCCCCUCCACCACCACAGUCACUACCGCCACCACCACCACCACCCAACCCACCAUCUCCAAACAAACAGCAGAAGAAGAAGAAGAAGAACCCCCGCAAAACGGCGUCCCCCUCCACCCCCUAACACACAUCCGCCGCAUCUACUCGCACCCGCAAGCCUUCGGCCAGACGGCCGCCUUUGUGCGCCGCCAUCUGCCCGCCGCCGAGACGGUCGAGGUCAGCUCGACGUCGCGUGCGGCGGAGCUCGCGGCAGAGGACGCUUCGGGGGCUAGUGCGGCGAUUGCGAGCGAGAUGGCGGGACGGGCGGUCGGGUUGGAUGUGCUUGCGCGGUGGGUGGAGGAUCGGGAGGAUAAUGCGACGAGGUUUUUUAUUUUGAGGAGGGGGGUUGAUGAGGGGGGUGAGGGGGAGGGGGGUGGUGAGGGUGAGGAGGUUGGUGAGGGUGGGGGGGUGAAAGAUGGGGAGGGGGAUGAGGAUGUGUAUGGUGGCGGCAAGUACAAGUCGCUGGUGUCGUUUACGGUGCCCCAUCGGCGGCCGGGGGCGCUGGCGGAUGCGCUGGCUUGUUUUGGGGGGCGGGGGUUGAACUUGACGAGUAUCAGCAGCGUGCCGAGUCUGGUCGGGCCGUUUCAGUAUCUGUUCUUUGUUGAGUUUGAGGGGAGCAGGUUUGAUGACCCCGAGGGGAGGGUCAGUGGUGUGUUUGGGGAUUUGGAGAGGGUUGCUGAGCGGUGGAGGUGGUUGGGGAGUUGGCGGAACCGGAGGGGAGGGAGGUAGGGUGUUGUUCCUUUGGGCGCGGGUGGGAAAGAGUGCCGAUGGCUUGCAAAGGCUGGGAUGCUGGAAGGGCUGCUGAGGAACGGUAGUUGUUGAUUUGGAGUUACGGGUUAGGAAAACACCGCUCCCUUACGCGGGCGUGCCCAUAGAUUGGUAUUAAAGUCACCUGCCAUCAACAUGAGGUUUC